AUGGCAAUAUAUAUAUCCCAACCCCACCUUCACUUCCCUUUGAAGCAACAUUCAUCUUUAUAAACAUCUUCCAUCAAUAAUCACAACCCAAGAUUUCAAAUGGUAAUGGCUGAUCUCUGCCGAGGCCGCCACCUAAUCCUUUUAUGGAUUUCAGCCACACUUGUAACCAUCUCUUCUGCUAUGCCACCACCAAACCCUAUCAAAUGCAAUAUAACAGUUUGCCAACUUUCCAAUUCCUACGGUAUUUGGGGAGACAGACAAAUAUGUCACGCUCCCAAAAUUGUCUAUCCCACAACAGAAGAAGAGCUUCGACAAGAAUUAGCCAAUGCAAACAAGAACAACCUUAAAGUCAAAGUUGUUACAAGAUUUUCACACACCAUUCCUAAACUCGCAUGCCCCAGUACUGGAAAUGCCGCUGUCUUCAUAAGUACUGAAAAAUACGACUCAACUAUUAAUGUGGACGUGGAAAAACUUACAGUCACCGCUGAUGGCGGAGUAGGGCUUCGAAAGCUUAUAGAUACAGUCGAAAAGGCGGGGUUGAGUUUGGUGGCGGCUCCAUAUUGGGAGGGAGUGACGGUUGCCGGAGUAAUAAGUACGGGGGCUCACGGCAGUUCGUGGUGGGGCAAAGGAGGAGCAGUUCAUGAUCAUGUUAUUGCUCUCAGUCUUAUUGUACCAGCAAAUGAAGCUGAUGGCUAUGCCAAAAUAAUCAAAUUGAUACCACAAAAUCCACUGUUCAAUGCUGCUAAAGUUUCUCUUGGAUUGCUUGGCAUCAUUUCUAAGGUGACUUUUCAAUUGGAGCCAGCAUUCAAAAGAAGUAUAACAUACAAUUUCACGAAUGAUAAUGAUAUAGAAGAUGAGUUUAUGGAACAUGCAAGGAAGAAUGAAUUUGGCGACAUUCAAUGGUACCCUUCUAGACAUACUGCUGUGUACAGAUAUGAUAACAGAGUCCCCCUAAACACAUCAGGCGAUGGUGUCAAUGAUUUUCUGGGAUUCCAAUCCAAUCUUAUUCUGCUCUCUAAGUCUGUUCGAGCCACAGAAAAAGGCUUUGAAAACACGAGAAACUUGGGUGGCAAAUGCACAAUGGCAAGUUCUUUCGUGUCAUAUAAGAAAUUGAUAGCAAAUGGAUUAAAAAACAACAAGUUAAUCUUCACUGGAUAUCCAGUAGUGGGUCCUCAAGGGAAAAUGCAAACUUCAGGUUCUUGUUUAUACUCAUCGCCUAUAGACAUCACUAACACAUGUGCUUGGGAUCCAAGAAUCAAUGGACUCUUCUUCUAUGAAUCCACAGCCAAAUUUCCAUCUUCAAUAUUCGGAGAUUUCAUACGUGAUGUGAAAAAAUUACGCGAUUUGGUCAAGCCAGAAAACUUGUGUGGCGUUGACAUUUAUAACGGAUUUCUUUUUCGUUUUAUCAAGGCCUCAAAUGCAUAUUUAGGCCAAGGGGAGGAUUCAGUUGUCGUGGAUUUUAACUAUUAUCGCGCUAAUGAUGCCUUAACCCCGCGAUUAAACCAAGAUAUUUGGGAAGAAGUAGAGCAAAUAGCAUUUGUUAAGUAUGGAGCUAAGCCACAUUGGGCUAAAAAUAGGAAUGUAGCAUUUCUUGAUGUGCCGAAGAAAUAUCCAAAAUUUAACAAGUUUGUUGCAACCAAGAAUCAAUUGGAUCCUAAGAAUAUGUUUUCUAGUGAAUGGUCUGAUGAGAUACUGUUUGGGAAGCGAACUGCAAAGGGGGAUGGCUGUGGCUUAGAAGGGAUGUGUAUUUGUUCAGAGGAUAGGCAUUGUAGUCCAUCAAAAGGGUAUUUUUGCAAGCCAGGACUUGUUUAUCAAGAAGCACGUGUGUGUAGGUUUUCAUCAUCUUCCUCAAGCUGAAGGUCAGGGGCGGCUCAAAAUAAUUUGUGACUUAAAGCCAAACUUUGAUGAAACGCCUUAUUUUUUUAAAGGCAUAUUUUUAUUUGAGAGUAUUUCCGUGUAACUUUUGUAGAUGCAAAGUUAUUAAUAAUAUAAACACACAUACAAAAAAUCAAGUAUUUUUAUCUGAUUGAAAAUAUCAGCUAGGGUUUAUCUUCUACUUGUAUUAUUUCCUUUUAACACUUUUAAUUGGAAAAAUAAAGUUAAACAUC